AUGCAGGGAGUUGUGCAGCUUGGGCGGAAAGUCGCUGACGAGAUUAGUGAAAUUAAUGAACUGAUAUCAAACACAGGUGAGUUAUUGAAGGAAAUUUCCCCUGCAACCACGUGCUCAUCGGCGAUUGCAACAGUGAAGGCUUCUUCCACAGAAAACUCCUCUUUGGUCCACCUUGAUGCACAGAUACGAGCACUCGAGGCUUCUAUAACCACAGCCAAGCAACGUAUUAUGCAACAGACCAUUGAGUCACGUAUUUGUGAAAAUCUGCAUAAGUUGACCGAAUCCUUAGAAUCUUCGCGACACAGGUUCAUACAUACAGUAGGCGAGAAGGUAAAGGCUCUACAGCAAGGCCUUCCAGAUCUAUCUCCACUCUAUGCAAUGAUUUUGUCAGAACCAGAACUGAUGGACAGGUCUGUCGUGCCCGCUUCUAUUUUGCCCAAAACUCGUACAACCGAGGAGCUGAACAUCAUUCGCGAAGCAAUAAGAGAAACUGAGGAGCAGAUAAAUACAUUGCAGGAGAGUAUUGGAGACUCGCUUGGGAAGAUUCUUCAUCCAAACUUGUAUGCGAGCCUCGUUUGUAAGCUUGUGCACGUGUCUGAGCAAGAGCUGCGUAGGCUCAUUCUAGAAAAGAGCCGCCUCCUACGCUCUGUCAGCUCACUUUAUUGUCAUGGUCGCAGACUAGAGGCGGCCUACAAUAAGAAUUGUAUGGGCUGGAGCAACGCGGUGAGAGAGAACUUCCAAUCAUCUACCGAAAAAGGCAACGACCAAUCACUAUUAUCGGCUGACUUUCUUUUUAAGGAUUGUUCAAAAGAAAUUCUGGAGCGGCACAGCAUAAUCUCGACCAAGUUAGGUCAAGAAUAUAUCAUAUUUUCUGAGGAGUGUUUUCAUUUGAGCCUCUACAUGCGUCUUUUCACAGCACGGGUAUUGACCAUCAUGGAGCAGGAUAAGCUUUCCACUGUUGUUAGUUUCAGUCUGGCGGGACUUGGCAAACAGGUUUGUGCUGCUAUGCGAACUUUUGCUAGCAAGCUUUCCGAAUUUCCUAAGGCCGAUAUCAUCCAUUUCCUCGAUAUUUAUCUCGGAUGUGCUAACCCGGUAGUAGAAAGUACAGAAAGAGCCUAUGAGCGUAUUAAGCCUGCAUUCGAGGAGCUGUUUCUAUCGCUUUCACUCUCUCCUAAUUGCAUUGGAUACAAGGCACUUGCUAUCGAUACUAUGCUUCAAAUAUUUAACGCGAAAUAUCACAUUGCCAACACUCUUGCUGCUCUGAAAAGUGUGCCAGACGAGGACAUUUCUAAUACACUAUCAUCUAGAUUAUUUGAUGACCAUACAAAGAUAUCCGAAGGGUUGGAGCAAACAAAGACCAUUUUACUCCAGCAAUAUAUCGCCUAUUUGUACUCCAGCUACCAAGCUGAUACAAGCUUAUCCAACGUCAGCCAGAUUUUUCUCUUUUGCAGCGACCUUUUUGAAGCGGAUCCUUCCUUGCGGAUCAGCACAAUAAAUGAUUCUCAUAAAACCCUGGGAUCGUCUUCAUUGAACUCCAAGAUAACCAAAGACAUCUCUGCAAUACUGUCCAUGACUAAAAAUGCAAUCACCAAUGCGGUGUGCUAUCAGUAUUCGAAGGCGUUUACGGCAUCUGAACAUUCCAGCCUUGCACAGUUGCUCAACAACGGGGUGCUCAAUGAAAAUAAAUUUAAAGCAGAUGCAAUUAUCAAUUUAGAGGCAUGUUUGCGGAUCCUUAAGCAUCGGGAUAACUAUUUUCUAACAUCAAUACUUUCUAUGCAAGACUUUCAAGAUCAGCUUAACAUUGAGCAAAGUUACUUGGCUACGCAAGCUAUCUCCAUUAAGAAGACGUUGACAUCCAUCGAGCAAGAGAUCCGUCAGGAGGUCCCUUCGAUAGGUACCAGCAAAGGAGUCAUCUCUCAAUUCUAUCAGCAAUUUCUCGCCUGGGAAGAGAACUUUAGAUCUGCACACGCUCUUUAUUUAACAUCCACCGUCAGUACUAUCAGUGUCUACGUUCAUAACUAUCUCUUAGAUUGUGCAAGCAAACUAUCAAAGGCAGCUACUGCUCUGUGCGAGCCGCUUGACUCUAAGUACACAGAGCUAAUCGGUGUCUUAGAUAGCAUAGAUGCACUUGCAGAGGAAACAUCUACAAAGAGCUUGUUCUACUCCGAUGACAGUGUCACAAGACGGCUUGAAUCGAUAGACGAGCUCUACCGCUCUAUUGAAGAUGACAUCCAGGGUGUUACAGAUUUUGUUACCGAGUGCAUCACACUUAUCGAUCGAGCCCUAGUCCACAUCCCAAUAUUGGAAGAUAUGAUCGCCCCUGAGAAGGCGACACUUGACCAAAACGAGAGGUCGAUAGUCACUUCCCUUGCAGAUAGCUGUGCAAGCAAGGACCUUCUGAAGACAGUUCGAGACCAAGAGGUUCCACAAUUAGCGAGUGAUGCAUGCCUUGCUCCUCUCCUAGACAUCCCUGUUCUUAGUAGUAAGUUAUUUACAGAUUUGGACGUUCUCUCUACCACAUACAUGGCUUCUGGGGCUAAGGGACUGUCGACGCUACUGAGUCAAUCACAGGAAAAGCUCUCUGAACUGCACGCAAAACACGACGCAGAAAUUCACCUAGAAAAGAGGGAGCGGAUGGAGCAGAUAAGUGGGCACAUUAAAAAAAUCACACAGAUCGCCAAAGAGAUGAACCUCUCUGUGAGAGGAUCAACCUCACCGCUUCGCCAGCUCGAUCUGCUACUUGGAGAUGCUCUUUCUAUUGCCACUACCUCUGUAGAGCGUCCGCCUAAAGAAAAGUGCAUGUUAGGUGCUUCUAUAAGUUCUGCAUUGACACUCUUAAAUUAA